AUGGCCAAGUCACAACCUACGAAAGGAGUAUCUAAAAUACCAAACAAAGUCUUGUAUAGCAGAAUAUCAUAUCUCUACCAAGCGGCGACUUAUCUGGCUUUGCAAGACGAUGAAAGCCAAAAACGAUCAACCGUCAAAAAUGCACUGCGCUCACCAGUCGAGGAUGUCAUGGAGGUUGAGCCGAAGUGCGAAGCAAAUAUCACUGGGGGAUUAUAUCACCCUCUCUCGCGUCGAUUAAUUACAGAUCUCCGCUCAGUAUCUCUGAAAGGAUUAAUGCGGAUGUCGCCUGACAUGAAGCACUCUAUCUUGGUUGAAGGUCUGUCCGCUGGAAGAAAUCUUGCCUUGAAUGCUCCAUAG